CCCUCCAUAAACCCAAAAUCAAGACUGAGCCAGGAUCUAUGAUCACCUCAGGAAGUCCCGUGGACAUCUGGUGUCAGGGGACUCUGGAGGCAGAAAUCUAUGCUCUCCAUAAAGAGGGAAGACAAAAACCUUGGGGUACACAGACCCCAGAGAAGCCGGAGAACAAGGCCAAGUUCUCCAUCCCUUCUGUGACCCACCUAGAUGCAGGGCAGUAUCGCUGUUACUACUACAGCUCGGCUGGCUGGUCAGAGCGCAGUGACACCCUGGAACUGGUGGUGACAGGAAUCUACAGGAUUAAACCCCGACUGACAGCCCUGCCCAGCCCUGUGGUGACCUCAGGAGGGAACAUGACUCUCCAAUGUGUCUCAUGGGUGGGAUAUAACAAGUUCAUUCUCACCAAGGAAGAUCAGAAGUUCCUCAGCUCCGUGGACUCACAGUAUAUACACAGUACUAAGCGGUACCAAGCCUUGUUCUCUAUAGAUCGUGUAACACCAGAUCACAAAGGGACAUUCAGAUGUUAUGGUUACUACAAUCAUACCCCACAGUUGUGGUCAGUACCCAGUGACCCCCUGGAAAUACACAUCUCUGGGCUGUCUAAGAAGCCCUCCCUACUGACUCACCAAGGCCAUAUCCUGGAUCCUGGAAAGAGCCUCACCCUGCAGUGUUGCUCUGACAUCAAAUAUGACAGAUUUGCCCUGUACAAAUUGGAGGGAGCUGACUUCAUCCAGCAAGAUGGCCAGUUGACUCAGUCUGGUCUCCACAUGGCCAACUUCACACUGGGCUUUGUGAGCAGCUCUACUGGAGGCCGGUACAGAUGCUAUGGUGCUCACAACCUCUCCUCUGAGUGGUCAGCAUCCAGUGACCCCCUGGACAUCCUGAUUACAGGACAGUUUCAGGUCCGUCCUUCCCUCUCUGUGAAGCCUAACUCUACGGUACACUCUGGAGACAAUGUGACCCUGUUGUGUAAGACAGCAGACACAGUGGACACUUUCAUUCUGUCCAAGGAAGGAGCAGUACACCAACCGCAGAGGCUAAAACCAAAGUCUCAAGUUCAGGAGUUCCAGGCAGAAUUCACCAUGAGUGCUGUGACCUCUGACCUCUCAGGCACAUACAGGUGCUAUGGUUCUCAAGACUCAUCUGUCUACCUGUUGUCAUAUGCCAGUGCCCCUGUGGAGCUCACUGUCUCAGGACCCAUUGAAGCCUCUAACCCACCACCCUCAGCUGGACUGGAAAGAUAUCUGCAGGCUCUGCUCGGAGUUUCUGUGGCCUUCCUCCUGUUCCUCUUCAUCCUUGUCUUCCUUCUUCUCCGACGAAAGCAUCAGGGCAAAUUCGGGAAGGAAGCCCAGGAAGAGACAGAAUUGCAGCUUCCUGCAGGAACCGCAGUGCCAGCAACCAGAGACAGGGGCUCCCAGAAGAGAUCCAACCCAGCUGCUGCCACCCAGGAAGAAAGCCUUUAUGCUUCAGUGGAGGACAUGAAACCUAAGGAUGGUGUUGAGCUGGACAGUUCGGUGAGGUCCCUGACUCCAUCUGUGUGCUAG